UAGAGUGUUCGCGGCAGCCUUUGCGUUAGUCACUUAUUAUUUACAAAAAUUCUCUGUGUUGAGGUCCAGUGGACAAAGGAGACUGUGCACGAUGUCCGUUGCUGGGAUUAAGAAACAGUUUUACAAAGCCAGUCAGAUGGUGAGUGAGAAGGUCGGCGGUGCAGAGGGAACCAAGCUGGAUGAAGACUUCAAGGAUCUUGAAAGGAAAGCAGAUGUUACCAGCAAAGCAGUGCUUGAUGUCAUCAACAAAACAACAGAGUACCUCCAGCCGAACCCAGCCCACAGAACCAAGCUGGCCAUGCUCAACACCGUGUCCAAAUUCCGCGGGCAGCUCAACAGUCCUGGCUACCCGCAGUCCGAAGCCCUGCUAGGAGAGAGCAUGAUGAAAUAUGGAGCGGACCUGGGCCACGACAACAACUUUGGGGCCGCUCUUAUGGCUGUUGGAGAAUCAAUGAAGAAAUUGGCUGCGGUCAAGGACAGUCUGGACAUAGACGUUAAGCAGAAUUUUAUUGACCCGCUGCAAGGCGUUGUGGAGAAAGACAUCAAAGAUAUUCAGCACCACUUGAAGAAGAUGGAAGGCCGCCGCCUGGAUUACGACUAUAAAAAGAAACGGCAGGGUAAAAUUCCCGAUGAGGAGAUCAGGCAGUCCUUGGAGAAGUUCAACGAGUCGCGAGACGCGGCUGAGGGUUCCAUGUACAAUCUGCUGGAGACCGAUGUGGAGCAAGUCACCCAGCUGGCAGCUUUGGUAGAAUCCAUGCUGCAGUACCACAGAAACGCCACCGAGAUUCUAGAGGAACUUUCUGGUGAAAUAACGAGAAGGGUUGAAGACAGUCGCAACCAACCAAGGCGAGAGUACAGACCCAAACCCAGACAGCCGAGCUUUGACUAUGGAGACACCGAGGAGUCCAACGGAGGUUACACGCCAACUGCAACAAGCCCUCCGGCUUACUCUCCAGGUUCGUCCGUCCCGAGAGCGUCCUUCAAGAACAGAGCGACCGAGCCGUGCUGUAAAGCGCUCUACGACUUUGAGCCCGAGAAUGAGAACGAGCUGGGCUUCCGCGAGGGCGACACCAUCACCUUGAUCAGUUACAUCGACGAGAACUGGUACGAGGGGAAGCUCCGCGGCAAGACGGGAUACUUCCCCACUAACUACGUUGACGUCAUCGUUCCAAUCUCGCACUGAACGCGACAAGAUCAAACGGGGAGGAUUAUUGGCUCCAGCAAUAUAUUUGGUGGAAAACGAAACAAGAGGGCCUGUUUUGAUGUCCUCUGCAAUUUGAUAAAAAAAAAAAAAACUUUGUUUAAAUUUUCAGAAGGUUUUCAAGAGGAGUACGAAAGUCAGAAAAGCGAUGGUGUAAUGUUUGAGUGCACUUACAGCACUCUCGGACCCACAAUGCACCUGUGCACUUUUUUUUUCCCAUUACUCUAUCACUUAAAUGAAAUAUUUUCAGGAAGCUUCCUCAACUCUAAUCAGCGCACCUACUUCAUAUCUUCAUGCAUGCUUUCUUUGGUGGCAUUUAUUUGCCAUGUCACCUUUGCUGGAGUCAUCAUUUAGUUCUAACCCCCCCCCCCUCUUUUUUUCCUCAAUCUGUUACUGCCAUCUAGUGUUGGUCAAGCUGUUGAAAACACAUUGGAAAAAAAAAAUAACAAAAAGAGAAAAUAAUAAUGGAUACACAGGUCUGGUGUUUAACUCGUUCACUGCCAUUGACGGCUAUAGACGUAAAAAAAAAUCCAUCCCAACUGGCAGUGAAUGAGUUCAUUAUUUGAUCUGUCACUAUAUCACUACCAUAUAAUAUUUUUUUUAAACUAUGUUCUAAUGAAAAAUCUGACCAAUCAAGUGGUUUCCUGCAGCUCAACGACUGGGAAUCAUUAGACUAAACUACACUUGAUGACGUUUGAACAGUUGUAAACAAAACAAAACAAGAGCACGACAGAUCAUGUGUCAUGCAUUUAUUUGUGGUCUAAUGCAUCCCAACCAUGGCCAAUAUUUAAAAUGGGUGAUAAAAGUCAUGAAAAUACAGCUCCAGGCUUCAUUGAUGCUGCUGGCAGCGUCGCUUACAAUGUUUCCUAGGCGUCGAGCCAACUUUGUUUUUGUCAAGAUGCUGAACAAGCUAAGAUAGCAUUCUCAUACUUUAACCAUUUCGAAGCUUGGAAAUGAUCACGAUGUGUAUUGGGUCAAAUGCUGCACCAGACCUAAGGGAUAGUGGAUUACGCCCUCCCCCCCCGCUCGUCUUUAUUCACCACCUGCCCCCCUUUUUAUCAUCUGCCCCCAUCCCAAUCCCAUGGUGCCUUUUGGAUCUCUGGUUCACCCCCCGGAAUAAUCUCGUGGUAGCUGUGCAUGCAUUUAAAUCUCCCUGCAAUAUUCCGUGUAUUGAAGAGAGUUGGCAACGGGGGUCAUGUGUGUGCAGAGGAGUCACUACAUGGUUCAGGUGUGUGUUAACAUGCCUCAUUACACUCAAUCAAAUGAGUUGGGGAGGGGGGGGUUGGGCUCAUCUUGGAGAAUAGUGAAGAUAAAUAAUGUCUUGGAACAUAAAAUUGGAGUGUUUGUGUGCUGCUUGGACUGUGCCAUUAAAAUCCAAAAGAUCGCACCAUUAAUAAAGUGUUAACAAAGGUUCAUUUUAUGAUCCUUUGUGUUGAAAGUUUUGCAUGCAUCCUUACUAUCUGUCUUACAUGUAUUCAUUUGUUAACUGACACGUUGGGAGAAAAAUGGGAUUAUCCAGGAUUAUCUUGAGGAUAUGUGGAUUACCUCUGGUUUUUUUUGUGAUUAUUUUAUGCAUUUUAUGUAAAGGGGGUUGGAGGCUGUCUAUUUGCUAAUUCAAAUAAAUGUUGUAAAACUU